AUGGAAGGAGAAGUGCACAAUCUAAUACUAGAUUGGAGUAUAGCUUUGGCAUCUCUUCUCUAUUGCCAUGGCGUUGGGACGUUUAUUGGUGAAGCUUCAAGCUCAUGCUUUAUGCCUUUGGUAAAGGUCCUUUAUGUUCGUAUCCACAUCUGCCUAUAUCUCACUUCGUAUUUACGGCUUGCCUGCCCAAUCAAGAUCAUAAGAAAUCGAGAAAAAGUAUCUAACCAGAUCACCAAGAACAAGAAAUCCCCCAAAGACUAUGCUCCAAGGGUUCUGCUGUUUAUCGUUACACUUAAGGCGUACAGUUACAAAGACCGUUUUCAUCCUUUACUAACCACAUCUCUAUAUGCAUACUAUCUCUUCUUCAUGCUUGAACUCUUGUUAGCCAUGACAGCUUCUUUAGCUCGAACAAUAGUUGGGGUUGAACUCGAGCCACAGUUUGAUGAGCCUCACCAUGCUACAUCGGUGCAAAACUUUUGGGGGAAAAGGUGGAACCUCAUGGCGUCUAGCAUACUACGCCCUACAGUCUACCAUCCUGCGCGUGCCAUCUUUAGCCAUCUGGUUCCUGAAAGAUGGGUAUCAGUGCCUGCAGUUUUUGCGACGUUUCUAGUGUCUGGGUUAGUGCACGAGUUAAUCUUUUACCAUCUUGGGCGACUGAGGCCAACAGGGGAAUUCACCUGCUUCUUUGUAAUUCAAGGGGUUUGUGUUGGAAUCGAGAUUGUGAUCAAGAAAACCAUGGGUCAGCGUUUACAACCCUCACCAGUUGUGGCCCGAACAUUAACUUUGUCAUUUGUGAUGAUUACUAGCUUUUGGCUGUUCUUCCCACCUUUCUUGCGAAUAGAUCCGUAUGCUAAAUCUUGUAGAGAGUUCAUGGCGUUUAUAGGGUUUCUUAAGAGUGGUCAAAUUCUUAGCCCCAAUGAGUAUGCAUGCCCUAUUAUGUGA